AUAGGUGGAUGAAGAAACUUUGGUUGAACAGCAAUCUACUUUGUGGGUCGAGGUUUUCGUCGAAUAUUCCGUUAACUUAAUUUAUCUUCUAAUCAGUUUUGUCAUUGACUUUGUUGAAGUGUUACCAGGGCACUGUGAAAGUUUAUUUAAAUCUAUUCUCUUAAAGUUGAUUGAUUUCUCAGAAAUAUUAGUGAACUUUUAUGAUUCAGCUUUUUCUGAUUUCCAAAUUAAAUUAUUACAAGUUUUCUUUUGCAUACUGACUGUCCAUGUAUUAGCUAUUUGUGUUGCGUGGAAAAUUUACAGCGAAAGAAUAACACAGAGAUUUCUGAAGCCAAGUCAAUACGAAAUUUCAAGUGAACAGCUGAAGACUGCAGUUUCUGAGUUAAAGCUACCAAGUGAGCAUACACCACGGUGGUAAGGCGUAGGAUUCAAAAUGGAUAAAAUUAAAAAGUUUUUUGAAAAGAAGAAAGCUGAUACAAAAUUUAAAUUGGCUGGAGAAGGACAUAAACUUAAUGAAACUGUUCAACAACCAAAACUAAGCAAAAAUUUGGCUCCUACUCAAGCUCGUUCUGAAGCUUCAACUAGUGCAGCACAACAACAAGCUGCAGCUGCUGCAUUAGCCAGAUUUGAAAAGAAAAAAGACCCUACUCCCCAACAGCGAUCAGCUGCAAUAAUAAGAGCCCAGGCAUUAAAGGAAUUGGAGCUAGAGAAACAGGAUACUUCAAUUCAAAAGUUAACUCUGUCUGAGAAAACCCAACAACUUCCAUCCUCAAAUGAACUUGCUGUUAGUGGAGUUUACUACAAGUGCCCACUGAUAGGACCUGAAGUACUGCCUAAAAAAGAAAUUGAAAAAUUGAUUAAGGAGUUUCUUUAUCAGCAAUUAGAAGAUGAGGAAGCAGGACUUACUGCUUGUCUAGUUAUACACACAUUAAAUAAGCCUCAAGAAAAGGUUCAGCAAUGUGUUGAAACAUUGUUUCGCUAUUUGGAUAACAUAGUACAGAACCCAGCUGAGGAAAAGUAUCAUAAAAUUCGUAUAAAUAACAAAGUGUACCAAGAACGAGUAGGUCGGCUGGAAGGAGUACAACAAUUUUUGCAAGCAGCUGGUUUCCAGUUAAAGUCUAUACAAAAUGCUCAGCAGGAGCCGGAGGACUUCUGGGUUUUAUUAAACACACAACCAGAACACAUCGAAUAUAUUAGUAAUUUACGUGAUGGCUUGAUAAGCGCGGAAGCGAUUCGGCCAGAUUUGGAUAGAGGAAUACAAAUUUUGAUGCCAUCGCAAGCUGCCCAACGGGUGGAAUUGCCUUCGGACUUUUUUUGGCUUACAACCGAAGAAAUCAAACGAGAACAACAAUUGAAAACCGAGGCGGCUGAGAAAGGCUUGAUGCUUCGUACUCGGGCUAUGAGGGAACGAGAUGAGAAGGCUGCAUCACGAAAAUACCGAUUUACCCUGAUCCGCAUAAAGUUUCCGGAUGGUCCCGUGCUCCAAGGAACGUUCAAAGUCAAUGAGACUAUGCAAGACGUUCGCUUGUUUGUUUGCGAUGCACUCGAAGAACCCUUCAUAGAGUUCAAUUUAGUAUCUCCGGCUGGUGUGGUUAACCAACCGGACAUUCAAGAUUCAACUCUACUUGAUCUUCAACUCUGUCCAUCAGCAAUUUUUCAUUUCACUCCAGCCGUUGCAUCCUCUUCUGGUUACUUGAAAGACGAGUUAAUGAUCCUUAUGCAAUCCAUGUGAUUGCUUAUUAUUAUUCACUACAUCCAUGAAAUAUUUGAACCCUUUUCCAGAUAAAAUUCUGCAUUAGUCACAUAUUGUUUUCAUUUGGUUGUUCUUUUUUUUGGCAUUUUUAUUUUGCGAAGUGAUAAACAAAAAUUCCUUUAGGUGUUAAACAGCGACAACGGAUGUAUUCUGUUUUGUUGGUAUUAAUGAAGUCCGUUGAGAAGUAUGACUAGUUCCGAUACACAAUGGAUCAUUCGACACAA